AAAAUACUGACUCGUGGAGUAUAAAUGGGACUGGGCAUCGGUGUUCGUUUUCUCUUGCACUGUCUUAGGGAAAGCGUCGCGCCCUCCCUACUUAGCGAGUCUCUUUUCGCAGCAGAGACUAUAAGAAGAAGCUCCAUCGUUGGAGUCUGGACAUCAGAGAGAAUCGAAGAAGAGCUGGAAAGAUGGCUUGCAGGCGUAGUAUUUCCUCCAGAUUGACUCUUCUCAGGCAACGGUAUCACCCAUCAUUUGCUUAUAUUAUUCACGACGAUGAUGGUAAACGUCAGCCUCCUCCUGUUACAGACGCAUCAACUCGACCUGCAAUUAGUAACAUUCUGCAAAAGCAAACAGGUGUUAACAACAUCAACAAAGCAAGUGCUUGGUUUGAAACUAGGUUUCAAGUGAAAGGAUUGUCAUCAUUCUCUCUCCCACCUGGGUUUGGACCCUCUUUCUGUAGGCAUAUGUCGAGCACAAUUGGAGAAGGAUCGGAUAAGAUUGAGUACAUAAGUGAUGUUGCAGAAAUUCUCACGGAGAAGAGUGUAGAUGUGGCUCAGGUUCCCGCUGUGAGUGAAGUGGCUAUUGCAGCUGCUGAUUCUUUCUAUCCUGUUGCCGCCUUACAGUAUUUAAUUGAUGGCAUUCAUUCCUUUACUGGCUUAAACUGGUGGGCAUCCAUAGCUUUAACAACCAUCUUAAUUCGAGGAGCUACUAUUCCACUUUUGAUAAAUCAACUCAAAGCUACUUCAAAGCUUACUUUGAUGAGGCCACGUUUGGAGGAGAUUAGACAGCAAAUGCAAGAUAUGGAAAUGGAUCCUAAGGCUGUGGCUGAGGGUCAGAAACGAAUGAAGGCAAUAUUCAGGGAGUAUGGGGUCACUCCAUUUACUCCAUUAAAAGGACUUUUUAUCCAAGGUCCUGUUUUUAUUAGCUUUUACUUGGCUAUUUCAAACAUGGUAGAGAAGGUUCCAUCUUUUAAGGGAGGUGGAGCAUUCUGGUUUACUGAUCUCACAACCCCAGAUAAUUUGUACAUCUUUCCAGUUCUAACAUCAUUGACCUUUUUGAUAACUGUUGAGUGCAAUAUGCAAGAGGGUUUGGAAGGAAAUCCUGCUGCUGGCACCAUGAAGAACUUUUCCAGGAUCCUUGCUGUUUUUACGAUUCCUUUCACAAUGAACUUCCCUAAGGCAAUAUUUUGUUACUGGGUUACAUCCAACCUAUUCUCACUCACGUAUGGCCUAGUACUCAAAAGCCCUUCAGUGAAGGAGUUCCUGGGUCUUCCCAAAAUGCCGGUGCCACCUCCUACUACAACACAAUCUUCCUUCUCUAUGUCUUCACUAUUUAAGCCAUCCACACCAACCACAUCGGAAGCUUCACUCCCUGUUGAGCCCUCAAAGGUCAUUGAUCGAAGGAUAUCUUCAUCUUCAGUUCUCAGUCAGAGGCUCAGGAGUCUAGAGAAACAAGUGAAGGGAAGAAAGAAAAACAAGAAAAGGUGAGAAAUUAAUGAGGCUUGGCAGGUUCUCUCCUGUGGAAAAAAUGUGGCAAUCAGGGGUGAAGACUAGUCUCAAUACCUUAAUAAUACAUAAAACUCAGAGGGAUUUUGGGAGUAUAUUUUGAACUUCGAAAUAUCAAAGGGAUUAAAGGAUUUACGAGUUGUUUUUCUGAUAGAGGGGAUUGUAUCCUAUUUUGAUUUUUUUUUCUUUUUCCCAUUUUUGACUAGCGACUUGUGGCUGAGUCAGAGAAUUGUAGUUCGACAAGUCCAAUAAACGAGGACAGUAAAAAAAGAACUACUUGUAUUUAUUCAAAUGAUAGAAAUGUAGAAGUAAAUUUUUGGGAUAAA